AUGCUGAAGCUAUUCAUCCGUAGAUUCCGUAGUGCUGCUGUGCCACUCUCGAGGACUGUGUCAAGCAGAAUCAUUAUUCCACCGGCCUCUCACUUUGGCAACAUAGGAAAUCUAGCGAUCAAGAUUCCAAGGCAUGAAUACAAGCAGUUGCCCGACGAUUCGAAUUAUAUUGAAAAAUUCUAUGAUGAAUUGGAAAUUUUCUCCAGAGAUGUGCUUGGAAAGCGAUUGAACAAGACGUACACAGACUUCGAAGACGAACCAGAGGAACUACAGUUUCAGAUUGAACAAUAUAUAGAACUGGAGAUCAUACCAAGGCACUCGGACUACGAAUCCAGUGGGAAAAGCGGAGAUAGGCCUGCCAGAUUUGUUCAAUGCCGAACUCUACGUGACAAAAUCGUCAUAGAAAGGUUCUUGGACUUUGCAAGGAGCGUGCGCCUUACCCUGAUGCUUAAUGGUGGUCACACUUUCAUUUUUGAUAUUCUGCUCCAGGCUAAGAAAACGUUCGACGCCAUGCAGAAUGCCAGAAGAACUGAAUAA